AUGACCAAGGUCGCCAGUACCACGCAGAAGAAGCCAGCGCGCUUCCUCAUCGUCGGCCUCGGGCCACACGCCAAAAGGACUUAUGCCAAACAUCUCCUCUCUCUAAAGACAGACUGCUCAGCGGAGCUAGUUUGCGCCGUCGACGUCGAAUCGAAGAGGGGCGAGCUCACGGCCUACUGCGAUGCCCAUCUCCCAGGAGUUGAGCUCGCAUUCGUCCCGACUUUCACGACAGAAAUGCCACACAAUGUGACCCGCAAGCUGAACACAAUACUGAGUGUGCACGGGGUCGACUGCGUCAUUAUCAGCACUGAACCACAGGCACAUAAAGUCUACGGCCUGUGGGCUCUCGAUCGAGGCUUGCACGUCAUCAUGGACAAGCCCGUGACUACACGCAAGGGAGCUGCCACAGACAUGACGCAAGCCCUCGGCAUUGCCCAAGACUACCAAGACUUGAUGGAGGCGUAUUCUCGGCUGCAGCGACACCGGCAGACGAUAUUCCUUAUCGCUAGCCAUCGCCGCUAUCACCCCGCAUACACGAGCACCUCCAGGAUGCUCAGAGAUAUUGCGAGAAAGACAGGUUCGCCCGUGACGAACAUUGUGUCCACGCACUGCGACGGGCAGUGGAGGUUGCCACACGAACUCGUCGACGAGGCAUACCACGGUUUCAACGCCGGCCACGGCAAGGUCUCGCACAGCGGGUACCAUUUCCUGGACACGGCGUACCAGUUUGUCAAGGCAGGUUGGAGCGAGCUGAAGCGACCAGACAAGGUGCAGGUCGUAAGCAGCUUCAUCAGCCCGUCUGGGGUGCUCAAGACCUUGACGCACGGGGACUACGUCGCCCUGUUUGGGGACGAGUACGUGCGGUCCUGCAAGUACACCCCGCAACAGGUCGAGAGCCUCGUGGCAGACUUUGGAGAGUACGACGCCAACAUACAGAUGACCUUUCUCCAGGACGACGAGCCCGUCACCCUGGUGCAGUUGAAUCUCCUGCACAAUGGGUUUAGCCGUCGGAGCUGGGUGACAAUGGGUAACAGUGCGGACUGGUACAAGGGCUCUGGCCGAGUCAAGCAUGAAGCGCAUGAGAUCCGGAGCGGCCCGUUCCAGACGAUUGUCCUCGAGUCGCGGCAGGCAAACGACAAACAUGACCGGUCGAAGCCCAGCACGGCUGAAAUCGGCACUGACAACCACUUUCAGGUCUACGUCUUUCGCAACUGCCGUGUUUUAGGCGAGAGCCAGCCCCUGAAGUCCUACUCAAUGGAAGAGUUGGAUCGCCGGGGCACCGCAAAGUUGCCCGGAGUAUAUACCGAAAACGUUAAAAAGGGAAUCAUUCAGGAAGCCAUUGACUACCUCCAGGGAGAAAAGAAGUUAGAGCAGCUCGUUUCCAACCUGGAGGAUCACAGUGUGCCAACCCACCUCAUGAGUGCCGCAUACGCAUCGCAUAUUCUAAGAACCAGGGGUGAUAACCCCAUAGUCACGGUCGGCCUCUCAAAUGAGCUGAAUGGUACGUGA